AUGGUUACUCGUCUAACCAAAGAAGCAUGCAUCCUUUCAUUGAAACGAUUUACUGCACGCCGUGGCAAACCUGAGAAGAUCUUAAGUGACAAUGGAAGCAAUUUUAUCGGGGCUCGAAAUGAUCUGAUCAAAAUCAAGGAACUGCUCGACAAAAAUGGAACGGACAAAUCAGUUGUUAGUUUCGUCAAUAGCCAAGGAACUGAAUGGGUCACCAUCCCUCCUCGUGCUCCUCACUUCGGAGGACUCUGGGAAGCAGCUGUAAAAAGUAUGAAAAGACAUAUGCGAAAAGUUAUAGGACUGCAACGUCUCAGUUUUGAAGAAUUUCUUACAAUUCUUAAUCAAAUUGAAGCUGUCUUAAAUUCACGACCAUUGUAUCCAAUGUCAAGUGAUCCUAACGACCCAACUCCGCUGACACCCACUCAUUUUCUGAUAGGGGAAUCAUUGCUAACUCUUCCCUCUGCGGACAUCCAAGUUUCAACCAUUGUACGAUAUCGACUAUUACAGAAUAUGAUCAAGGAUUUCUGGAAAGUUUGGAAAAGGGAUUAUCUCAUAACGCUACAAAUACGGAAAAAAUGGUUCACGGAUGGCCCAGAAUUCAAAGUUGGCAACCUAGUCCUACUUGCCGAAGACAAUGAACGACCGCUAGAAUGGAAAACUGGACGAAUCAUAGAAAUUUAUCCUGGAAAUGACUCAAUUGUUCGAGUGGUAAAAGUGAAGACCACAACUGGUGAAUACGUACGCCCAGUCGCGAAGCUGCGGAAGCUACCAGUAUAG